UGUGUGUGUGUGUGUGUGCUCGGACUGAUCUCUGCCAUCCCCGGUCAUGGAGUGUGCUGGACUGGCCUGUAUAGUCCAACAACAAAACCCACAUUCUGAUCCAAACAAUGGCUCUGAGGUCAUCACAAACCUCUCUCGCUCGCUCACUGACCCGCUCUCUCUCGCUCGUCUCUGGUCAGUCAUGGUCACAGAGAUGGCUCAUUACACACCAGCAGUGUAAAUCAAAUGGAUUUGUGAUCUCAUGGCGCACCAGGAGACUCUAGAAAUGACCCCAACUGGGUGCUGUGGAUUUGGGUUAAAUGGCCUCUCCGAUCUUUAGCAUCUCUGAGGGAUUUGGCUCUCUAGCGUUUAAAGAUCUGAUAGUGGAGGAAUCUGUCUGCAGCCUGCAUCUGUCCUCUUCAACAAGUUCAUUCCUGACGCAGUCUAGACACACUGACGGUCUUGCCAAGGGUUUAAAAAUCCCUUUGAGCCUGACACCAGAGAGAGCGAGCGAGAGAGAGACCGAGAGGAUGGCUGCGUUCAAGAAUAACUUCUGGGGGGAGAAGAAUGCAGGCUUCGAUGUGCUCUACCACAACAUGAAACAUGGCCAGAUUGCCACCAAGGAGCUGGCAGAGUUUGUUCGGGAGAGGGCUGCCAUCGAGGAGACCUACUCGAAGUCCAUGAGCAAGCUGGCUAAGAUGGCCAGCAGUGGAAGUCCCCUGGGUACGUUUGCCCCUCUGUGGGAUGUGUUUCGAGUGUCGUCUGAUAAGUUGGCUCUGUGCCACCUAGAGCUAAUGAGGAAGAUGAAUGACCUCAUCCGGGACAUCAACAAGUACGGAGACGAGCAGGUCAAAAUCCACCGCAAGACUAAAGAGGAAGUAGUGGGCACGUUGGAGGCGGUCCAGGCACUGCAGGUGCAGAGUGGUCAGCUACAGAAGGCCAGAGAGGCCCAUCACGCACGCUACCUGGAGAUGGACCGACUACGCAAGGAGAGUGCACCGCAGAAAGAGCUGGAGAAGGCGGAGCAGAAGUCAAAGAAGGCAGCGGAGGUGUUUGCCGGUGCGAUUGAGAAGUUCAACCGCGUGGGUGGCGACUUUGAGCAGAAGAUGUGUGACUCCGCGCAGAAGUUUCAGGACAUCGAGGAGGCCCACCUGAAGCAGAUGAAGCAGCUGAUUAAGGGUUAUUCCCAUUCGAUAGAGGACACACACGUGCAGGUCGGACAGGUCCAUGAGGAGUUUAAGCAGAACCUGGAGAACAUUGGCAUUGAGAACCUAGUCCAGAAGUUCACAGACCAGAAGGGCACAGGGAAGGAGAGGCCAGCUCCAGUUUGUUUUGAGGAGUACCUGACGUCGUCGGUGCCAACUGAUGUUGGAAAGAAGAGUCGAGGGAAAGCGUUCCGCAUCCCGGGGCUCGGCAAGAGAGACAAGGAGCCUGACUCGACGGAUUCUGCCGUCACUGAAGCUCCAAACUCUCCUCUGGAGGUGGAUGACGAGGGCUUUGUGAUCAGAGCUGAUGGCAGACACAAUGGCUGCGCCGAUGACAAGGACAGCAAAUUCUACUCCAGCGACUCGGACUUCGACGACGACGAGCCCAAGAAGUUCCACAUCCAGAUCCGACCUGUGGCCACCAGUAACCGUGGCAACACAGCAGCCCACGAACUGGAGCUCAAGGCCACGGUGGGGGCACUGUCUCUGCCCCCCACCACCGGGGUGUCAGUGAAACGACAUCUCUCUCGGAACUCCAGCACGACUGGCGGACGCUCAGAGGGGGAGGGAGACGUGCACCCACAUAGGGAGGGGGAGCAGAGAGGUCUCCGCAGAUCCACCUCUAGUCCUGACCCCAGCAGGUUGACCUCCGCAGUGACUGGUCCUGACGCCCUGUUUGGACCCCCCCUCGAGGCCUUCAAGUCCAGCAGCUUUGCGGGUCAAGACCAGCUGCGCGGCGGCUUUGGAGCAUCUGAAUACGCUGCGUUCUCCUCAGACUCUUCCUCUCCCGAGAACGUGGAGGACUCUGGCCUGGACUCGCCUUCCCAUCAGCCCCUGGGGCCGUCCCCGGAGCCUAGUGGUUGGGCAGCGUGGCCGCCGCCGACCGCCGCUCCGUCCACCAAAGAGGCGUCGUCUCUGCGCCGCCCUCCCGACCCCUUCCUGUCCGCCUUCCGAGAGCCCUCUCCCGCGCGGACCCCCCUCACGCCGGACGAGGUGUGUGCGUGGGGGGGCCCCGGGCACUCGCCCUGCGUUCCGCCCGAGGUGGAGAGUGGUGGAGGGGGGGGCAGUGCCUUCUGCUUCCCGCCGAUCUUGCGCUCGCAGGCGCUGCCGGACGUGGAGGCCACGGUGUGGAACUGCACGCACCUCCCGCAGGAGGACCCCUUCCUGGCCGCGUUUGAGCCACCCGCCCACCAGGAGGCGCUAGCGCUCCCACAGCAGGACGCUUGGGCCCCCGCCGCGCACCUCCACCCCUCCCGAAAGAGCCACGCCCCAGACCCCUUCUCCGUCCCCCUCGGCAAGGACAGCACCAAGACUCUUCCUCCCCCUUCCUCCUCUUCCUCCUCCUCCUCCGCCCGCAAGGACAGGAAACGAGACCGCAGUGUCCCGCCCCCUCUGGAGUCUCCAUUGGACAAUCCCUUCGCGAUCACCAUGAUUGGCAGCCCCACUCACCAGGCCUCUUUAGCAGUGGCAGCGGUUGCAUCAGCCCAUGGCAGCGCUGUCAGCAGUAAGCCCUCCACUGCCCACCCCUCUGCUGCCCACUCUGUUGCUGCCCACCCCUCUGCUGCCCACUCUGUUGCUGCCCACCCCUCUGCUGCCCACUCUGUUGCUGCCCACUCCUCCACUGCCCACCCCUCUGCUGCCCACUCUGUUGCUGCCCACUCUGUUGCUGCCCACUCCUCCACUGCCCACCCCUCUGCUGCCCACCCCUCCGCUGCCCACUCUGUUGCUGCCCACCCCUCCACUGCCCACCCCUCCAGUGCCCCCCUGCCCAAAGCCCCCAGCGCCCCGGCCACCAACCCCUCCCACCCCAAGAAGGAGCUCCAGCACUGGGGCUCAGUGCACAACAACCCCUUCAGCAGUGUCCCCCAGGGGGCGCCAGGGGGCCCGGAGGGCAGUAGGGGGCCCAAGCAGCGAGGGGCCGGUGAUGAGGAGCCGCGCCGCAACGGGCCGCCACUCACACGGCAUUCUGGGCCGCAGGAGGACCUGUGCUUCUCCACGGACAAGGACCAGGACUGCCUGGACAUGAGCCCUCGGCUGACCCGCAGCCGCGUCCCCCACACAGCUUCCCAGCACAGUUUCAGACAGGACAGCUCUGAGCUGUUGGUGGCGGCCCCUCCUCAUCGCGUCCGAUCCAAGAGGACCUCUGGCCAGCUGGGAGGGUGUGAGCGUUCCAGGUCACUGUGCUCCUCGCCCCUCCCCGACCCCAGCCCCACCCUCACCUCCUCCUCCUCCUCCAGCCCCAGCGAAUGGGGGGGCCAGACCAGGGCACCCAGCCCCGCCAGAGUUGGUCUGUCCCGGGGGCCCAGUCCCAUCUCCGUCAGCACUCAGGAGGCCUGGCCAGUCGCCACCGCCAUCACCGAAUACAUCAAUGCCUACUUCAAAGGAGGACAGCACAACCGUUGUCUGGUGAAGAUCACAGGGGACCUGACCAUGUCCUUCCCAGCUGGGAUAACGCGCGUGUUCACGGCCAACCCAAACGCUCCCAUCCUGAGCUUCCGCCUGCUCAACGUCUCACGGCUUGACCACUUCCUGCCCAACCAGAAGCUUCUCUACAAUGACCCAUCCCAGAGUGACCCGGACUUCAGGGACUUCUGGUUCAACAUGCAGGCCUUGACCUUUCACCUGCAGAGGGAGGCGGAGCUUAACCCACAGGCCUCCUACUACAACGUGGGCCUGCUCAAGUAUCAGGUGUCGUCUCAGGACCCUGGCCGCGCCCCACUGCUCCUGUCGGCUGAGUGCCAGCGCAGCGGCUCGGUCACCCGCAUCUCCCUGGACUACCACUGCUGCCCGGCAACCGCCCCCUCCACCCAGCUCACGGCCGUGCAGGUGCUGCUGCCCCUGGACCACACGGCCACCGACCUGCAGUGCCAACCGGCUGCCACCUGGAAUGCCGAGGAGAGACGUCUGCUGUGGAAGUUGCCCAACCUCUCCCCAACCAACCACAGCAAAGGCUCUGGCACGCUGUGUGCCAGUUGGCAAUGCCUGGUGGCGCCUCGCGGCCCUCCUCCCAGCCUGGCGGUGCAGUUCGUGGGCUGUGAGGCGUCGCUGUCGGGCCUGGAUCUGGAGCUGCUGGGCACCCAGUACCGCAUGUCUCUGGUGAAGAAGAGAUUCGCCACAGGGAAGUACAUGGCGGGCUGCUCUUUGUGACGUGGAGGCGCGGGGACCUGCUAGAUUGCUGGGGG